UCAGUGCCAGCAAGGAAUUAUUGGAUUUAGGAUGGGGUUUUGAUAAUCGGACCAUAUUUUGGCCUGGGCAGACCCCACUUUACUUUACCAAGGAAGAAACUGUAUAUUUAAAAGGAUUUUCAUUAUCUGUUGCCACUAAUAUCUUCUCUUCAAGAGAUGAGCAUAUUAAAUGACCAAAUCAAUUCGUUUAAUAUUGAACUGACUCCCAGGACUCCCAGGUGGUACUCGUUUAAGGAGUUUUGUGUGGCAGAACAUGGCGGGACCCACUUUGAUGCCCCCUAUCAUUUUCACCAAUCCGGAUGGAAGGUUGGAGAUGUGCCACUAUCCAGAUUGUUUGCUAAAGGAGCUUUCCUUAAUAUGGAAGAAGAGCAUUUGAAAAUGGGAAGAGAUACUCGCCUCAAAGUAAAAGACUUGGAAAAUUGGGAAACUCGUAAUGGAAAAUUUUCAGAAAAUAGUGUUUUAUUAGUGAAGUUUGGUAGAUCGAAAUUCUGGCAAAACCGAACUUUAUAUCUGGAUUUAGAGGGGGAAACUAUGCAUUUUCCUGGUUUAUCAAAGGAAGCAGCUCAGUGGAUAGCAAACUCUAAGAAAAUCAUUGGAGUAGGAGUAGACACGCCCAGUAUAGACCCUGGGAAUUCAACUGACUAUAUCGCACAUAGAAUUCUAGCGGAAAAUUCGUUAUAUAAUUUGGAAAAUGUGAAACUUUUGACAGACUUGCCUGAAACAGGUUUUGAUUUGGUGGUGGCUCCGAUGAAAAUUGAAGAGGGCACUGGUGCAGCCGUGAGAAUUUUUGCAAUUGUAAAUAAUUAGAUAUUAAUAUUUUUAAAAUAAAUUAUAAAUUAAAUAA